AUGCUCAACAGCGCUGAUAAACGGCGAAAUGGACCGACACUGAGUGAAAGCGAAGAUAACGAGCUCCUUAACGAACAUGACUGUCAACCGUCCACAGCCGCAAAUCCUGCAAGUUCUAAUCGUACAGAUGGAUCUAGAUUCACUCUCAACGUUGAGUCACAUCCGCUGUCAAAUAACGAAUCCGCACUUUCUCGGCAAAGUAGCCAUCGGGAGCUUUUCUCUUGGGGCGGAAAGGAUGCCGGAAACCACAACUUGGCUCUUUUCGAGGAGCCCUCGAUGCCUUUUUUCUCCAGCUAUCUCAAGGCCCAUACCACUCCUGGUCCCCUUGAGCGGAUGCAGAGUGAAAACCAGAAGAAAAAGGCUGAUCUUGGCGUGAUGCUUGGUGUAUACCUGCCUACAAUUCAACACAUCCUUGGUGUGACUAUGUUUAUUCGAUUGUUCUGGGUCGUCGGAAUUGCCGGUCUUGGUCAAACGUUCCUUCUUCUGUUCCUGUGUUGUCUUUGUACAUUCCUCACAUGUAUCUCGAUUUCUGCGGUUGCGACGAACGGUGUUGUUGAAAGUGGUGGUGCUUACUUCAUGAUAUCGAGAAAUCUUGGACCUGAGUUUGGUUCAGCAGUCGGAUUGUUGUUUUAUCUUGCAAAUACUGUUGCUACAUCGAUGUAUCUCGUUGGUGGUGUGGAAAUCUUAUUGCUUUAUAUCUUUCCUAGUUUAACUAUCGGUGGACCAGAAGUACAUUCUCAUACAGACACAUUCGGCAUGAUGACAAAUAAUCUCCGUUUCUAUUCCACUCUGCUGCUUCUACUUGAGUUUCUCAUCGUCGCUAUGGGAGUAAAGUUUGUACAAAUGCUUGCACCGGUAUCUCUUGUUUGUGUGAUACUCUCUAUUCUUGCAUGUUAUGCAGGUGGCAUAGAAAAAACUUUGAAUCCUGAUGCGGGACAAAGGGUAUGUAUGUAUGGAGAUCACCUCCUGCAAUCGAAAUUCGUCAUUCCAAAGGACAACGGAUCUAUUUUCGACAUGUGCGAUUACUGCAAUGCGAGUAACCCUUUCCUCAUGGAAAACCUUUGCCCGGGCGGAAACUGCUCGUCUGACGUUCUUGCGGUGCCCAUUUCUUGCAUUAACGGUUUUCCUGGAUUCAAGAGCAACGCCCUUGUUGACAACAUCGGGUCACAAUACGUUGGACAGUUCUUCACUACCAUCUCCGACAAGGCAAACCUCAAACGCGAUGUGUUCCAGGAUGUGAAAACAUCGUUCUGGGUCCUUCUGGCGAUUUACUUCCCCGCUGUCACUGGUAUUUUCACCGGUGCCAACAUGAGUGGCGAUCUGAAGAACCCACAGUCAUCUAUACCCAAAGGCACAAUUGCUGCCACCCUGACCACAUCGUUCAUCUAUUUUUCUUUGGCUUUUGUGUUUGGAGCUACAAUUGACGGUAGUGUUUUACGUGAUAAGAACGGUCAGUCUUUGGGGGGUUCCAUGGUAGUUGCUGCACUCUCUUGGCCCAGUCCUUGGGUACUACUCGUUGGCUCGUUCCUUUCAACUUUCGGAGCUGCGUUGCAAUGCCUCUGCUCAGCUCCUCGUCUACUUCAGAGCAUUGCUAAGGAUGACGUAAUUCCAAUUCUCAGACCCUUCAAGAAAGUCACAAAGAACAAUGAACCUUUCCUUGGGUUGAUCAUUACAACAGUUAUUGCCGAAUUGGCCAUUCUUAUGGGCGCUAUGGAUAGUAUUGCUGCUGUAGUCGACUUCUUCUUCUUGAUGUGUUAUGCAUUCGUUAACAUAAUUUGUACACUGCAUUCCCUCCUCGGAGCACCAAACUGGCGGCCUCGUUUCAAGUACUAUCACUGGUCCUUAUCUCUGCUUGGCGCUGUUUUGUGCUUCUUCAUCAUGUUCUCAACUCACUGGGAUUACGCUCUUGUUUCUAUUUUCCUGUGUGUUCUCAUUUACAAAUAUGUGGAAUGGAAAGGCGCGAAGAAGGAGUGGGGCGAUGGAAUCCGAGGAUUGGCUCUGACCACUGCUCAAUACUCGCUCAUGAAAAUCGAAGAUAAGGAUCCUCAUCCGAAAAAUUGGCGCCCACAACUGUUGCUGAUCCUGUCAAUCCCAUGGUCAAAAGAACUUGUCGACGUGCGAUAUUUAAAUCUUUUGAAUCUGGCGUCGCAGCUCAAGGCUGGGAAAGGGUUAACUAUAGUUACGGCAUUCAUUAGAGGAAGUGUCACAAGUCCUGAUGACAGGAAGAGGGCGGAGCAGAUCAAAUCGCGAAUGGACUUUGACAUGAAUCAGGUGCGCCUGCGUGGUUUUGCGAAAACACUUGUUCAUGACGAAGACCAGAUUACUGGUUCCAUGUCGACACUCAUCCAGUCAGUUGGUUUGGGUGGUUUGAAACCGAAUACCAUGCUCAUAUCGUGGCCUGUGCAUGAAAGAGGAUCAUCCGAGAGCAGUGACUCCGAAUACAACACCUUCACCGAUAAGCUACAUGCAGCUUGCGCUAUGGACAUGUGCCUGUUGGUAGCUAAAGGAAUAAUUGAUUUCCCCUCGAGUGUUUUCAAACUGACUGGAUUCAUCGACGUAUACUGGAUUGUACAAGAUGGAGGAUUAUGUCUUCUUAUGGCAUAUCUGCUGAAACAACAUAAGGUAUGGCGAGGCUGCAAGUUACGUAUCAUCGCUAUAGCACAAGAAAACGAUAACAAUCUGAAGAUGCAAUCCGAGCUCCAGCAGUAUGUGUACCAAUUACGUAUUGACGCCAAAAUUUUGAUAGUCGAACUCGCAGAUCCAGAGAUUUCGAAAAAUGCCUUUGAACGCACUCUUCUUAUGGAGGAACGAACGAUGGUGCUUAAACAAAUGCAGGAGGCCAGAACUGGAGGCAAUGCUUUAUCACUGGCUCGAGGAGUUUCGCCUCUUGUAACUGCUGAGCAACGUGAGAAAUCUACAAGAAAAUCUGAUGACAGCAAAGGUGAAACCAAGGAGGAGAACGGAGAGAAAAAUCCUGAUGAGGAAUCCGUAUCUGACGAUCACAAGAAAGAAAUGACAAUGAAAGAGAAGUUGCGUGCACUGGACCGAACAAAGGUGCACAAAAUGCACACCGCUGUUCGACUCAAUGAACUUAUUAUUGAACAUUCUUUGAACAGUCAGCUAGUUCUACUGAAUUUGCCCAAACCUCCUAGAGGGAAAGAAGGGCUUGAUGACUACAUCCACUAUCUUGAAGUUUUAUCGGAUAAAAUCAACAGGGUGAUGUUUGUGCGAGGAACUGGAAAAGAAGUCAUAACUACUCAUUCAUAG